UUUCAUUCACAGAUUCCGUUACUAGGCCUGAAAAAGAAGAAUUAUGAAUUGGGGUGUGUAUGAAGCCUUGUUAACAGGUGUCAACAAGUUCUCAACUGAAUUUGGGCGUCUGUGGCUCUCCAUUGUGUUCAUCUUUAGGAUCCUUAUAUAUGCAGUCACCGCAACACGAGUCUGGGGAGAUGAUCAGAAAGACUUUGAUUGUAACACUCGCCAGCCAGGAUGCGCUAAUGUCUGCUAUGACCAGUACUUUCCUAUCUCACAUAUCCGACUUUGGGCUCUCCAGCUUAUUAUGGUCACAUGCCCUUCUCUCCUGGUCGUUAUGCAUGUUGCGUAUAGAGAAAAUCGAGAGAGGAAGCGCAAGGAACAAUUAGGAGAGAAAUGUGAUAAACUUUACAAAGACAUUGGCAAGAAAAGAGGAGGGCUAUGGUGGACAUAUCUUGUCAGUCUUUUGGUUAAGGCUGUGAUAGACACCGCAUUUAUCUAUAUCUUUUAUCAACUAUAUGAAAAUAUUUUUCUACCUAGUGUAGUGAAAUGCUCUCUCUCCCCUUGCCCUAAUAUUGUGGACUGUUUCAUAUCAAGGCCAUCUGAAAAAAAUAUAUUUACUGUGUUUAUGAUCGCUGCUUCUGCAGUAUGUGUCCUUUUAAACAUCAUUGAGGUCUUCUACCUUAUUGGAAAAAAAUGCAAAGAAGCAAUACACGGCCCUAGGCAAACGAAUUUGCAAGAGAAAACUGAAGCAAUUGAACUUACCAGCUGUUGCGCUGAUGAAAAGAAUAAAUCUACAACAUGCAGUGGAGAUAUUUGUCAUGUGACUAAUUGUAAGACUUUGAUGACUGAUGUUAAAACUACUAACAGCAACCAGAACAUUCAAAGUUCUGGAUGACACAUUAUCAGGGUUGUAUAGAACAGCAUUCCUGAUAAAGGCUCAGGAAAAUAAAUAGCAUGAAUAUUGUCAAAGUAGUUGAGCUAUGGACAAUGCUACUUUGAAGGAUAAGGAAGAACAACCUAUUUAAAUAUUCACUAAGAGUUGUCUCUGCCACCACAAGGAAGUAGUCUACCCUCUGUGCAAUCCAGAAGUAGUGUAUAUAUUUAAAUAUGAUGGACAGUUUGUAAAAACUUUGAAAUGGUUUGUAAUGGACAAUUUGUAUCAUGUCUGUUUGUAAUGGACAAUUUGUAUCAUGUCUGUUUUUAAGACACCCUUAUUACCUUUACAAAUGCAUAUUUGCAGAUGGUCAAUACUUAUGGUCAAAUAUGAUUUAUGACCAUAUCUUUAAGAAUACCUAAACAAUUAUCUUUUGAUACAGCUAUAAAUACUUUAAAAAUAAUUUUACAUUGCUAGCACACAACAUAAAGAAAAUGUUGUAGAUUAGAGAUGUUAUGCUUUAAAAGUUGAAUUGAAUUAGUUGAGUUUAAAAACAGGUCUCCAUUUUAGCUAUUUUUCCCGUUAACAGGAAGCUUCCAUUUACCAACUGUGAAAUUUCACUAAGUAACACAGAGUUACCUGCUGCUGUCAUUUAAAGGAACACUCCAAGCACCAUAAGCACUACAUGUCAUAGUGGUUAUGAUGUCCUAAACCUUUUUAGAACUAUUUGACUUCUAACCUGGCACCCACUGUGUGUUGCUCUCUGCCUCCAGAGUAGGGCUGCCAACAGACCUUUUGAGGCCUCUCCCAGCGUUCACCCACUGGGCCUACCACCAAGAAUGCAGUGUUUGUGUGUGUGUGUUAAGUGGAUGCAAAAUGUGUAUAUGUCUCAUGGAUGCAGUGUAUGUGCUUGAGUAGUGGAUGCACUGUGUGUGUGUGUUUGUGUAGUGGAUGCAAUGUGUGUGUUGGUUCAGUGGAUACAGUAUGAAUAGUCGAUGCAGUGUGUGUAUAGUUGAUGUAGGGUGUGGGGUAUUACACUCCCUGGUGGUCCAGUGUCAUUGAGCAGGCUGCUAGGUGCUGUGUUGUGAAGAAAAGGCCUAGAACAGCGAUCUUAACUCUUUCGAGUCCAGUCCACGUGUCAUGUGCCCCCCACAGUUAUGCACACACACAAGCACAUUGACGCAGUCACACAUACACACACACACAUUCACUCACAGUUACAUUCACACACUCACAGUGCAAAACUUUUAUUUUAUCCCGUUAAAAAAACCUAUAGAUCUGUAAUUUGAAUCUAAAUAACUUAAAUAAUAUAACAUUUUAAAAAUUGAAAAAAAUAGCAAAUAUUAAUUCUUAAGAAAAAAAUGUGAUAAUUCAAGAUGAAGAAUUAAGAACAUAAGAAUGAUACAUACACAGCUCUAGUUUGACAAUAAAUAAAGAUAUUCCUCUAAAAUAAAUGAUACUUUUGUAAAGCAAUUUGUGCAACAAUUGUCAAAGGAAAAGUGUGUAACAAAUGGUAAACUGGGAUAUAUGUGUAACGAGAGCUGUGUAUCAUCAAAGUAUAGAACACCCAUCACCCUCAACCUGCUGAAGCUAAAUCCUACAAAUGCUGUAGGAUAGGUAUUUGUAGUAGAUUGUUCACCAGUAUUUGCAGUAAGGAAAUCUGCAUUAAUCAUACAUAAACACAUUGCUUGUACUGUCUGUAUUAUAUACCAUAUAUAAUACACUUAUGUAAGGCAAAUUAUAUCUAAAGGUAUGGUCUCUCAGUUACACAGGAUCGUGCACUGCUUAGCAAAAUGAUAAUAAUAUAAAACGUAUUGGGCUAAAUUCUGUACAACUCACAGCCUUCGAGGGCACCCCACUAAAGGGCAAUCUACCUUAAAGACCUAUCCUCUAUAGCAGGGGUUCCCAAUCCAGUUCUCAAGUACCGCUUACCAGUCAAGGGUUUAGGGAUUACCCUGUUGUGUCUAAAGUGUUGUUUGUUUGUUUUCCUAAAAACACCUUAGACACAACAGGGUAAUCUCUACAUCCUGGACUGUUAGGGGGUACUUGAGGACUGGGUUGGGAACCACUGUUUUAUAGCAUUGAUAAGAUAUAGCUUCAGUAGAUUGAGGCUGAUGGGUGUCACAGCUGUGUUUUUCAGUGCUUUACCAGCAAGUGGCUAAUCUGCAAUCUGUAUUUUGGUCAAUACAGCAGCACCAUUCCUUCAAAAUGCAUGUUCCGGGUGUGACCCCAAUUUACUUUUGUCUUUACUAUUCAAGUUUGGAAACUAGACCAGAUUACUUUUGGGUUGAACACCCCACCCAGCACCCCAGCUUCAGAUGCCUCUUAUUUAGGUAUAUAUUUGAGGUGGUUUUGGAUAGUAAUGGCACUUUUAUUAUAAGUUUCAUAGAGCAGAUAUAUGCUAUGCAUUGUACAUCAAAGCACUAUUACUUUAAUUGUUUAGUUUUGACACUGCAUUAUUUUGAAUUUUGUUUAUCACAUUUAUUUUGCAUUAUAUAUUUGAG